GCACCUGUGUGGAUAUUUGAGCAUGUAGUGUAUUGAAUAUUUGGCUGUAAUUAGUUAGUGUAAUUACAUAUUUUGUGUUUGGUAUCUCAUUUGUUUCUAUAGCUGUAAGUGAUGUGAGUGUGUGUGCAUUCUAAUCGUGUGUUAUUAUUAAAAUAAAUUGGUAAUAAAUUGCGUCGUAUUAAAUUGAUUGUGUGGUUAUGAUUCGACAUGUCUCUCCAAAGAGGUGGGAGGGGCGAUUUUCGAUACUGUUUCUAUUAUUGUGAUAAUACUGGUUUUGAAAUAUACGAUUUGGAAGGGCCAGGACAAACUGUAGCAUUAGUGAGCAAUGGUGUGAACGUCGAGGGUGCAACACAUAAACAGGUCGUUGAUCUCAUCAAGUCCGGCGGGGACUGCUUGACUCUGACUGUCAUAUCUGUUACGCCAAAGGAGGCCGAGCGUCUAGAGCCAUGCGACGACGGUUCAGCGCCGAUUGGCGUCAUCGGCGGCGCUGCCAACUCCCGCGCCACAGUGUACCAACGUUACGACUACACGGACAAGAGAUCCCUGCCAGUGUCGAUACCGGACUACAGGGUGGUGAUGGAGAGGAGUACAGGGAGGUCGUACGUGGCCUUCAACGUGCACAUGGCCGGGAGGCAUCUGUGUAGUCGCCGGUACAGGGAGUUCGCAGCGCUGCAUCAGAUAUUGAGGAAGGAGUUUAUUGGCUUCAAUUUCCCGAAACUGCCCGGGAAAUGGCCAUUCACACUCAGCGAACAACAGUUAGAUGCGAGAAGAAGGGGUCUAGAACAGUAUUUAGAGAAGGUAUGCGCAGUUCGCGUGAUCGCAGAAUCGGAUGCGGUACAAGAGUUCCUCACUGACUCGGACGACUCGUCCAACCCGUCGCCCGUGGACCUCAAGGUGCUGUUACCGGACAAGGCCGUGGUCACGGUGUCCGUGCUGAAGUCGACGAACGCCGACGACGUGUACAGGGCUGUGUGCGAGAAGAUCGGCCUGUCCGCUAGUGUGCAGAAAUACUUCUAUUUGUUUGAAAUCGUGGAAUAUAAUUUUGAGCGCAAGCUGCAGCCGAACGAGUGUCCGCACUCGCUGUACAUCCAGAACUACUCGACCGCGUCGUCCAGCUGCCUGGCGCUGCGCAAGUGGCUGUUCAACCCGCAGAUCGAGCUCUCCGUCGUCGAGGAGGACCCCAAGGCCGCCGAGUUUAUAUUUUGGCAGGCGGUGGAGGACGUGAACCGCGGCGUGUGCUGCGCGGGCGCGCGCCUCUACCAGCUCAAGGCGCUGCAGGACGUGCGGCGCGCGCGCGACUACCUCGCGCUCGCGCGCUCGCUGCCCGGCUACGGCCACGUCGCCUUCCCGCCGCCCGCCGCGCCGCCCGCCCCCGCGCCGCCCGCCCCGCACCCGCUCGCGCUCGGCUGGGCGGGGCUGCAGCUGGGCGGCGCGGGGGGCGCGGGCGGGGGGGAGGAGCGCGUGGCGUGGCGCGAGGUGGUGUCGUGGCGCGCGGACGACGAGGCGGGCGCGGCCGCGCUGCUGUACCGCCGCGAGCGCCGCGAGCGCCCGCGCGCGCUGCUGCUGCACACGCCCUACUAUCAAUUCCUAUGCAAUUGCAUGGAUAGAAUAGCGGAAGAGGCGAAAUGGGUCGACACGGGCGAAUAAAACUCUCCGCGGCCGAUAGACCAGCUCACGUCUUGGAUGAUUCAGUAUUUAUAUAUUAAUGUUUAAUUGUCAUUAAUUUUAUAUAUCGGUUAAUAAGUAUAAUCGUAAAGUAUUAAACUUUCACGGCAAACAAAUCAUUCCUAUUUAAGUGAAUUGUUAAAAAUUUGUAUGUAUGUAUGUACACGGUUGCAAAUUGGAUGUUUUCGCUAGCUUACUGUAUCACUGUACACCACUCGUACUUAUAAUCGCUUUUUUAUAAAAUGAUAAUUUUUUAAUUUUUACAAUAACGAUAUCGAAAUAUAGUAUAAUGGUGAGUAAUAUACUUAACUUAUUUAUAUGGAUUUACUAAUAUUAAGUGUAAAUGUCGUAGUUGUCACAAAGAAAUAACGUGGUGCCAACAUUCACAAAUAUACUGCCACAUUUUUCCAUAGUAAAUACUGCUAAAGUAAUAAACGAACGAAGCAGUUGGCGAUUUUUUUAAUGUUUUACGAAUUAAUUGAAACUAGAAAGUGUAUGUAGUACGAAAGAUAACUUAUCAGUUGGUACUUUAGUGUAAUUAAAAGUUUCAUUUCGCAAGAAGGUAGAUGUAAAAAUAUCUCGCUAUCUAUCCUUUUCUUGUACGUAACACGCGUGUCACUCUGUCCUUGUCUAACAGUUAAAUAAAGAGCAUGAUCACGCGACAUUGGCCAGUCGGCCGCCGACCGUCGGCGGAGCAACACGUCUCUGUAGAGAUUAAAACGUUUCGGAACUAGGGAAAGAUCUCAUCAAAAUUGCUUGUUUAUUAGUGUAACUUUUAAAUUAAACGUAGCGAAUAUUGUUAUAACAUAAAUAGUUGUGUCGUCUGCUUGUUAUUGUUAACAUAACAUAUCUCGUUAGUGUAAUUAGCGAAAUUUAAAUUAAGUUCAAAACUUACUGUCAUAUAACGAUAUAUGCGUCAAUUAAAAAUACCACUAUUUAGCUAAAUUUUGUAUCUUUAUAUCCAUCAUGAUUCCUUGUAUAAUUUAUUAUUAUUACCAAUUAUUGUUCUGUUGCUAUAAGCGCUGACGUGUAAUUUGUUAAAUGUGGUUUUUCUGUCUUUAUUAAAUUAACUGUAAUAAAUUUUAUUUGUCAUCUUUUAGCUUAAAUUAAACUAAAAAAAAUCCCAAGUAACUUUUAUAAAGAUUGCAAUGAUUUCAUUAUAUGAUUGAUAAACAUUAUGUUAUUUAGUAAAGGUCGUUUAACCGAUUUUAAGUGCAAUUGUGAAAAUAUAAAAACUUAGUUUCAGAUAAUAUAUUAUAUUUUAAAACAGAGAAGGUUUAAAUAGCAGUAUUAAAAUAUGAGAUACAAACAAAAUUAUCGGUGCCAUAAUGCCAUUGUACCACCUAUUGAGAUAACGCUUUCAGCCUGCUGUUUAAACGAACUUAACGGUUUUAUAUCACGGUUAUAUUAUUAUAUUGCAGCAUAUUUACAGCUUUGAGAUUAAAUGCUAUUUAUGGAUGUCGGCCAAGUGCGGGUUUGCGGAAAAUAACGGUUUGUUCUUGAACCAUAGAGCUAAUGAUGUCUAUAGAACAAACAGUUUUGGUCGAUUUUUUUACUUUUAAAACCGCUUAGUGAUUAAAACCGAUGAUUUAUUACCGUUAAAAGAUCAAUAUAAUAUUCGGCGUACAGUAUUUAUAAGUUCAAAUAGCUUGUGAUAGUUUAUUUUACUUUUAUUGUAUAUAAAUAUAUUUAUAUCGCGUUAUUCGUUAGAUAAGUAUUGAUAUAUCAUGACAGUUGUACUUAGUUCUGUAGGUUUUGGCUGCGAUGUCUCUUCUAGACUCUUUCUCAUCUUUUCUCCAUUUUUUUGUCUUUCUGCUCUGUUAUUAUUGAAAAUUGUGAAUGUUAUGAAGGCGAGAUGGUUUUUUAUAAUGUAUAAUUAAGUUCUUUAAAAGAUAUAAAUGACGUAUCGAUACAAAAAGAGAUUUUUGUGGCGUUUUUUUAAAUUAAUGUGUGUAGAUGAAACUCGAUAUUUUGUGGUAUUUCAUUUAUUUUCAAUUUUGGCGGGUUUUAUAGCUGGUUUUAUAGUGAUUAAUGUUUUAUUAUGAUUGCUAUUACUUUCUGUGCCUAUAUUAUUAUUAUUUUUUUAUACAUUUUUGUUUAUUUUUAAAAUAUUAAUUAUCUAAUUAGACCAAUUACAAGAUACUAUAGAUAAUCGCAUAUUUUGUAAUCGCAGCCAAGAAUAAAAAGCCUAUGUAAUAUGGUUAAAAAUCUCAUUUUUUAUAACUAUUGAUUUUUGUAGUUAAUAUUGGUGUAGUUAUUUAGAGUUUGUGGGUUUUAUAAAAGUUAAUAAAAAUUGUUUAUUCUUCUGUUCAUUCUUAAUUAUUUUCGAUUUAUGUAUUUUUGUUUAUAAUAUUUUUUAAAUGUAUGUGAUUUUAUUUUUAAUCCUUUAUUAUUAUGUUGUGUAACACAUUAAAAGUUGUUUCAAUUAAUAAUCUAUAAUAGAAAAACCCUUCAAACUCUAAGUCCGCCUAGACGCACCAUUAUGCUUGCGUAGUUUCACUACUACAGUUGCAGUUUGCGCAAACUUUAUAUAUAAUAUAUACAUAUAUAUUCGGGUUGAAACCUUAUUCGUGCAAUAAUGGAGCCUUAAAGACAGCUAUAUAAACAGUUAUUCGCAGCUUCCACAGUUUAUAACGUUUAUGUAUUGUGAUAGAUUUUAUUUAUGUACGAGUAUCCGAACGGAUGAAAAACAAAUGUCUACGGUUAGUUUAGCGCGCGAAUUACUGUCAUGCUCAUAUAUUUUUUUUCAUGUUCUGAAUAUACGAUAAAUUAUUAACAGACGUUCCCAAAAAUGAAGGAAAUCAUUUUUAUUUUUUUUUCAUCAUUUUUUUCAUGUGUUGUUGUCAUUUGGCCCCAUUCUGGGGCGAUAACUCCCUCCUGGGGACGUCGGUAACCUUUUUUUAUGAAAAAUAUUUAUUUCGUGCUGUUUUAAGUUUUAUAUUUUUUAAAUUUUAACAUAUAUUUCUUAUUAUUGCUUACAAUUUAAUAAACGAUAAUUAUUCAUGACGUUAAAUCGUUGCUAAAUUGUUUUUCACUGUAUGUUAUUGUUUGUAUGUAUGCUACACGUCGUAAUGUGCUUAUACUAGAUAUAAUGCCUGUAAUAAUAAUGAAAUAAUAAUCUUUCAAUAUAUAAAUACAUAUUUUACCCAAUGAUUUUCUUUCAUCACGUUUUAAUGAUGUAAAGUCAUAGAUAUCAAGUCAAGUCAUAUGCUAAUAAAAAUUGCAGAUUUUUUUAUAUUAAUUGACAGGAAUUUUAAAUAUGGUACUUAAGAUUUUAUUUCGGUGAUUGUUUUUGAAACGGUAAAUAAAUGUUUGGGGCUGAAUAUUAAAUUUUUACCUUAAUUAAUAUCAUACGAAGAAUAUACAAUCGUUUUAAUUGUAAGAGAUCCUUUAUUUUCAGUGUAUCUACUUUAGGUUAUAUAGGAAACGCUUCUGCUACAGGCAUCGCUGUGAUAAAGGAAUAGUGAUAAAAUAGUAAUUACCUGUACAAGUUUUUAAUGAAAAUCUUGUCAAUAAUUUAUCCGUACUUCAUCUUUUAAAGGUAAAAAAUACGUUAAUUAUCGAAUCUCGUUUAAAUAUAGUAAAAGUCUAGACUAAUUAUCAAAUAGGUAAAAAAAAGUUAUUGUAUAAUAUAAUUUUGUAAGGGAAAAAGGUCCUUCGAGCAUGUUGGGUAAAAUAAUUUUUGU